GUUGACCUGACCGAGGCUGAGAUUCGCGGUCUGUGUGUCAAGUCGCGUGAGAUUUUCCUCAACCAACCAAUCCUCCUCGAGCUGGAGGCUCCCCUCCGCAUCUGCGGUGACACCCAUGGUCAAUACUACGAUUUGCUGCGCAUGUUUGAGUAUGGUGGCUUCCCCCCCGAGUCCAACUACCUCUUCCUUGGCGACUAUGUUGACCGUGGCAAACAGGUGGGUUGA